AUGUUCUCGUAUCUUUCAAUAAACCUCAAGGCUCUAGGAAACCCCAAGGCUCUAGGGAACCCCAAGGCUCUAGGGAACCCCAAGGCUCUAGGGAACCCCAAGGCUCUAGGGAACCCCAAGACUCUAGGAAACCCCAAGGCUCUAGGGAACCCCAAGGCUCUAGGAAACCCCAAGGCUCAAGGGAACCCCAAGGCUCUAGGAAACCCCAAUGCUCUAGGUAACCCCAAGGAUCUAGGAAACCCCAAGGCUCUAGGUAACCCCAAGGCUCUAAGUAACCCCAAGGCUCUAGGAAACCCCAAGACUCUAGGAAACCCCAAUGCUCUAGGAAACCCCAUGGCUCUAGGUAACCCCAAGGCUCUAAGUAACCCCAAGGCUCUAGGAAACCCCAAGACUCUAGGAAACCCCAAUGCUCUAGGAAACCCCAAGACUCUAGGAAACCCCAAUGCUCUAGGAAACCCCAAGACUCUAGGAAACCCCAAGGCUCUAGGAAACCCCAAUGCUCUAGGAAACCCCAAUGCUCUAGGAAACCCCAAGGCUCUAGGAAACCCCAAUGCUCUAGGAAACCCCAAGGCUCUAGGAAACCCCAAGACUCUAGGAAACCCCAAGGCUCUAGGAAACCCCAAUGCUCUAGGAAACCCCAAGACUCUAGGAAACCCCAAUGCUCUAGGAAACCCCAAUGCUCUAGGAAACCCCAAGACUCUAGGAAACCCCAAGACUCUAGGAAACCCCAAUGCUCUAGGAAACCCCAAGACUCUAGGAAACCCCAAUGCUCUAGGAAACCCCAAUGCUCUAGGAAACCCCAAUGCUCUAGGAAACCCCAAGACUCUAGGAAACCCCAAUGCUCUAGGAAACCCCAAGACUCUAGGAAACCCCAAGGCUCUAGGAAACCCCAAUGCUCUAGGAAACCCCAAGACUCUAGGAAACCCCAAUGCUCUAGGAAACCCCAAGGCUCUAGGAAACCCCAAGGCUCUAGGAAACCCCAAUGCUCUAGGAAACCCCAAGGCUCUAGGAAACCCCAAGGCUCUAGGAAACCCCAAGGCUCUAGGAAACCCCAAUGCUCUAGGUAACCCCAAGGCUCUAGGAAACCCCAAGGCUCUAGGAAACCCCAAUGCUCUAGGUAACCCCAAGGCUCUAGGUAACUCUCAAAGUCUCUUUCUCAAACCAAUUUACCACAACGUCGCUCUAAGAUUUUCCUCCACACAUAAGUCGAUCCUGUGA